CCUGAUCACCCACCAGACCACUAACGGCAGAUACUGAUUCAGUCUUACCUCUUAUGAAAGCUCGUCCAUCUUGUGCCUGGAAGUUUGCUCAGUGAACCCUAGCCGUGCUUUGAUGAUUGGCGUCCUACCAUCACGAAUACCUGCCGGCUUAUUCCUGUGGAGCUUCUGCACCAGACGCUUAUUUUAGACGGUGCCCAAACCAGAUUACAAGAUGGAGACCAGUUCGCGUCGCAAAGCAUGUGAUACGUGCUAUUCCAAGAAGAUAAAAUGUGACCAGGUAGUGCCGGUCUGCUCCAACUGCCAAUUAUACAAGGUAAAAUGCACCACCACUGUCAUCAGGCGAAGGGCAAUGCCGCCGAAGCAAAAGACUGCGAAUCCGCCGCCACAAUCCAAUGCAACAGGGCAGGAGAGCCUCGAGGCGCGUCUCGCAAGGAUCGAAUCGAAGCUUAGUUCUCUGGACGGGCCAAAUUCCGUAUCGUUAGCAGCACUGCUGGGAACACAUCACUCAGCUACUGAGUCGGCCUCUCGGAGUUCGCCAGAGUCAAAUGGGAGCGGUCCAGGGAUGCCCACGCUGGGAAGCUUCAGUACCUCAAUUGUUGAAGACCUCCCUCCACUACAAGAUACUCUCCCUCUCGUUGAUGCAUAUUUUCAGGGCUUUAAUAAUCUAUUACCUUUAUUCGACCAAAGCUCUUUUAUGAAACUGUUGCGAGACUUUUAUGCCUUUCCAAUCAGGAGGUCGAGGACCAGCUGGGGAGUCAUCAACUGUGUCCUUGCACUAGGAUCGAAAGCCCUUGCUAUUGAGCAAGGAACUGCGCGUCUCUCGCCUUCUGAAAGGCCGAAUUGCGACUUUGAGGCGAAUGCGCAAAAGUGUCUUGAUGACUUCAUGACACGAGAUAAAGACACGCUUGGUAUCCAGGGCAUACUCGCUCUAGUCAUCCUAUAUCAAGCCAGACCUGACAGCAGGUCUGCUUUUAUGCGCAUGGGCGCAGCUGUUGGACUAGUUCACCGGCUGCAAUUGCAUACGAGAUCUUCCCAUGCAAGCUUCUCCGCAGAGGAAAGCCGGCAGAGAGACAAUAUAUUUUGGAUGUGCUACAUUCUAGAGAAGUAUGUUAGCAUCCGCACUAAGACGACAUCUCUUCAACGUGAUGACGAUCUAGACGUCGACUUACCAGCGGAAGAUGGCGAUGGUCUUAUUGUCAGUGAAGACGGUCUGGUCAAGUUUAACUUCUUCCGCGCAAGAAUCCAGUUAGCCCACCUUCAGGGCAAGAUCUUCGAUACGCUGUAUAGCGUUCGUUCCAAAAGGUUGAGCCCUGAAGACCGUAGAAAGCAUGUCACGCAACUUGACAUUAUGCUGGAAAAGUGGCACCAAACCAUCCCAGUGCCUUUCCAACUCGAAAACAUGCAACGCUCGCUCCAUCGAAUGAACCAUUCGCACAUGGCUAUCCUGCACCAUCUUCAUCUCAUGUGUUUGGUCUUUGUGCAUGGUCUCUAUUCCCUUGAAUCCGGAUGGAUCCAGGCAAUCGGAGCUUACGGCCAAGCAGUACUGGCAAAUAUGGAUAAUAACACAGAUAUAUGUAUGCGAAAGAUGCAGCCUCCGAUGCCAUCCGCUUGGGCGAAAUGCGUGAGGGCUAGUCGGGGAAGCAUACGGCUUUUUCUCUUCGAGCCUCAGCAUACCUGUAGUCUGUGGCUCAAUAUGGGUUCGUACUUUUCAGGCAUCAUUGUUCUGCUGGCCAACUGCCAGUAUUACCCAACAGACGAGCAGGCGAGAGAAGACCACAAGUUGGCUAAAGACGGCGCGAAGCUCUUGCUGCAACUUGUUAACACGCAUCAGGACGACGAUGUCAUUCAAAUUAUGAGCGUUCUGGAGAACUUGGAAUCCAUUGCAGAGAAAGCAAUUAAUCACUACCAGGGACAUCCGGAAUUCACUCCAUAUCCUCCCGUACUGGCCCCGGAGAGUUUCUGGAUGUCUGAGAAUCAAUUCAUUGAUGGACUGAUUAACGACCUCGAUAACGACACCAGUGCUUCUAAUCCAGGUUCUUUGUCGACAUGGGCGAGCAGCUCUCGGUCAGUCUUUGAGUUUUAAGGCCUUGCCACAACCCAGUACGGAUUCGUUCGACCUGUGACACUCUUCUUCUGUAUGCGACCAUGCUCGAGCGGAAAGCCUGUGAGGAUAUGGCGGCAAACCACGGGUCUUUUGGAAGCACUUAGAG